GAGAGUCUCUCUCUAUACUCGUUGCUCUUGUCAUCCUUAAUGUACGCAAAAUUAAUACAAUUUCGAUACAAUGCUAGAGCUAAGGUCGUUUAUAUAUAAAAUAAUAAACGCGAAGUGAUUUAUUUAUUUAUUAUAAACUAUUUUUGAGUGCAGUAAAAAGUGCAUAUAUAACUCUGUAUAAAAAUGCAGUCAAAACAAAUUAUUCACAGUGCCAAGUUGCAUGUUAUAGCACGAUGGUUUACUCGCAGCAGUAUUACACAAGAAAGUAAUAAAAUGGACAAAAUUCCCACACAAAGAAACAAUGAAACUGUAAAGAAAACUGAUGGUGUCUUGGGAUCACGGAUGCAUCGUGUGACUAAUUUUGAUAAGAGAAUGCUGGUUUGGGUAAAACGAUAUCCAAGUCUUGCAGACAUUCCUAAGGAUAUUACAGUGGACUGUCUACUUGCUGCAAGAAGUAAAGCACGAAUUAAGGUUUGUAAUUACAUGAUUGUUGGUACCCUUAUUGGUUGUAUAGGUUCUGUAAUACUUGGAAAAAGACAAGCUGCAAAAGGAGAGACUUUAGCUAAACAAAGAGAAGAUUGGUUGGAGGAAACCUUAGCACGGGAGAAAAAUGAAUAAAUAUGUAAAUGUAGAACAAUGUAGAAAUAACUUAGAAAUGUAUAUAUAAGCAAUUUUUUUGAGAAACAUAAAAAAAUAAAAUAAAUAUUAGUGAUUGUUAUUAUUA